GUAACCUUAAUUUCAAUUAUCAUAUUGCCAGAGUAUUGAAGGGUUUAUUCCAACCAAAAACAACACCUGCCCAUUGAAUUUAUAAAAAAAGAACCAUGGUUAUGAAUGAAAAAGCUCGAGUCCUUGUGAACCUGGACAGUUUACCGCCUAACCGCGAUCAGUUUAUUAUGAAAAAAGAGUGCAACUACACAAUUCUUCUUUGUGGAAGCAUGGGUCUUGGAAAAACAACUUUAUGCAACACGCUUUUCUCGUCACCAGUUAAGAAACAGCAUACAUACAAGGGAAUCAACAAGCUUGGCGUAGAGAAGGUGAUGACUAUUGAGUCUCACAAGAUGGAUAUCGAGGAAAACGGUUUAACAGUGCAUUUAUCCAUCAUUGAUACUCCUGGGUUUGGUGAUUUCAUCAACAAUACCGGUUGUUGGGAUACCGUAGCAGAAUACCUGCAUGAUCAACACGAACAAUACCUUGUGCAAGAUCAAAAAAGUUUGCAGGCUAAUCGUGACGACAACCGUGUCCAUGUCUGUCUAUACUUUAUUAAGCCAGUGUCAUGUGGCUUAAUGCCUCUUGAUGUUAUUGCCAUGCAAGAACUAGGCCCUCAUGUCAACCUUAUACCAAUCAUAGCGAAAGCAGACACGCUGACAGUCAAUGAACUUUCUAGACUUAAAAGCAAAAUUAUGAACAUCAUCGAAGCACAAAAGAUUAUGAUCUUCCGUCCGUCUGCAGAGGCAUCAACCCCAGAAAUUGCCAAAUCAUUGAAUGAUGCGAUGCCUUUUGCAGUGAUUGGCAGCACCAAAAAGAUUCUUACUGAAGAAGGUCACCAAGUCAUAGGGCGUAAAUACCCAUGGGGAGUAUCAACUGUUAAUGACGAAAGUUACAGUGAUUUCCUGAAAUUGAAAGACCUUCUCAUUAAGCAUCACAUGCUCGAAUUAAUUCAAAGAACAGAGUACCAAGUCUACGAGAAUUAUCGCAAAGCACAAUUGCUAAGCAGAAAAACCGGAUUACCUCGCUUAAAGAAAGCAGAGAGCAAGCUUCUCACAGAAAAACAAACAGCAAUCCAUAAAAGGAUUUCCAAACUUGCUGCCGAAUCAGAAAGGGAAUACAAGGAACGUGAGCAAGAAAUGGUAAAACGGCGCGAUCAGCUGAACAAAAACUUAGAGCAAUACCACAACGAAAUUCGAAGCCUCGAAAAGGAAGUAGAAGCCCUUAAAAUUGUGUUGGCUGAGAAAACAACUAAGGCAUAAAAAAACUCAAAAGCGAAACAAACUCAAUCUACAUUAAACCACAGAAUUCGUAUCUUUAUCCAAACCUUAUACCGAUGCAUUUAGUCAGAGUUAGACAAUUGACACUCACAUUUCCGAAACAGUCGCACAGAGGCUUUCUGGUACAAUUCCUUGAGUGCCAGCGAAAGUAAUUUUUGCGAAUUCUUUUUGUUCAAAGCCUUCGCCGAGCAAACAAUUUCAUCAUGUAUAAUCAAAGAAUAUUCAUAAUGAUGAGUAACUGCUUUCGUAUACAGAAGGUCCGAUUUUUCCUCUUCAUCAAUGAUGACACAUUGAAAUUUAUAUUGCUUGCAACCUUGUUUCUGCAAAUGUUGAUUGAUUUGAGAAAACACAGGCGGUUCAUUAAAAACGCCUUCAUAAUCGCCCAAUUCUUCAACUAAAAAUUUAAGAAAAGGUUCAAGCGCACUGAACUGAAAGCCGGAGUCCAAAUAAACAGCGCAUACAAAUGACUCAAAAAUGUCAGAAAGAAACUUUGGUGGUUCAAUUAACAACCAAAACUUUUCGCUAGGAGUUGGAUGAUUAGAAUCUAUCUUGGUAUCUUGCUGAAGUUUGUCAAUCACACUUUUAUACUCCUUAUAGGCGUUGCGUAUGUCUUCGUUGUCCUGAAGCAUAAAAUCAUAUAAACCAAGUUUAAAAGAAACGUAUGCAAGACUUUUGUUACAAACAUAAAAUGACUUUGUAUCAGUAAGCUCCGCAGCCGUCUUAUUUUGGUACUUUUUAAAUAAAUAGCGGACAACAAUAAAAUCCAGUACAGCGUCUCCUAGAAACUCAAG